GCCACGCGGCUCUCUGUGCGGGCCGAGGGCGGUGACGGCGGCGCGGACGACAGCCGGACUGCAUCUCCCGGCGUGCCCCGCGGCGGGCGCUGGGCCGGAGCCGGAGCCCAAGCCAGAGCGGCGCGGCCUGGAAGAGGCCAGGGCCCGGGGGAGGCGGCGGCAGCGGCGGCGGCUGGGGCAGCCCGGGCAGCCCGAGCCCCGCAGCCUGGGCCUGUGCUUGGCGCCAUGAGCGGCGGCGGGCCUUCGGGAGGCGGCCCUGGGGGCUCGGGCAGGGCGCGGACCAGCUCGUUCGCGGAGCCCGGCGGCGGAGGCGGAGGAGGCGGCGGCGGCCCCGGAGGCUCGGCCUCCGGCCCAGGCGGCACCGGCGGCGGAAAGGCAUCUGUCGGGGCCAUGGGUGGGGGCGUCGGGGCCUCGAGCUCCGGGGGUGGACCCGGCGGCAGCGGCGGAGGAGGCAGCGGAGGCCCCGGCGCAGGCACUAGCUUCCCGCCGCCCGGGGUGAAGCUGGGCCGUGACAGCGGGAAGGUGACCACAGUCGUAGCCACUCUAGGCCAAGGCCCAGAGCGCUCCCAAGAAGUGGCUUACACAGACAUCAAAGUGAUUGGCAAUGGCUCAUUUGGGGUCGUGUACCAGGCACGGCUGGCAGAGACCAGGGAACUAGUCGCCAUCAAGAAGGUUCUCCAGGACAAGAGGUUCAAGAACCGAGAGCUGCAGAUCAUGCGUAAGCUGGACCACUGCAAUAUUGUGAGGCUGAGAUACUUUUUCUACUCCAGUGGCGAGAAGAAAGACGAGCUUUACCUAAAUCUGGUGCUGGAAUAUGUGCCCGAGACAGUGUACCGGGUGGCCCGCCACUUCACCAAGGCCAAGUUGACCAUCCCUAUCCUCUAUGUCAAGGUGUACAUGUACCAGCUCUUCCGCAGCUUGGCCUACAUCCACUCCCAGGGCGUGUGUCACCGCGACAUCAAGCCCCAGAACCUGCUGGUGGACCCUGACACUGCUGUCCUCAAGCUCUGCGAUUUUGGCAGUGCAAAGCAGUUGGUCCGAGGGGAGCCCAAUGUCUCUUACAUCUGUUCUCGCUACUACCGGGCCCCAGAGCUCAUCUUUGGAGCCACUGAUUACACCUCAUCCAUCGAUGUUUGGUCAGCUGGCUGUGUACUGGCGGAGCUCCUCUUGGGCCAGCCCAUCUUCCCUGGGGACAGUGGGGUGGACCAGCUGGUGGAGAUCAUCAAGGUGCUGGGAACACCAACCCGGGAACAAAUCCGAGAGAUGAACCCCAACUACACGGAGUUCAAGUUCCCUCAGAUUAAAGCUCACCCCUGGACAAAGGUGUUCAAAUCUCGAACGCCGCCAGAGGCCAUCGCGCUCUGCUCUAGCCUGCUGGAGUACACCCCAUCCUCAAGGCUCUCCCCACUAGAGGCCUGUGCGCACAGCUUCUUUGAUGAACUGCGAUGUCUGGGAACCCAGCUGCCUAACAACCGCCCACUUCCCCCUCUCUUCAACUUCAGUGCUGGUGAACUCUCCAUCCAACCGUCUCUCAACGCCAUUCUCAUCCCUCCUCACUUGAGGUCCCCAGCGGGCACUACCACCCUCACCCAGUCCUCACAAGCUUUAACUGAGACUCCGACCAGCUCAGACUGGCAGUCGACCGAUGCCACACCUACCCUCACUAACUCCUCCUGAGGGCCCCACCAAGCACCCUUCCACUUCCAUCUGGGAGCCCCAAGAGGGGCUGGGAAGGGGGGCCAUAGCCCAUCAAGCUCCUGCCCUGGCUGGGCCCCUAGACUAGAGGGCAGAGGUAAAUGAGUCCCUGUCCCCACCUCCAGUCCCUCCCUCACCAGCCUCACCCCUGUGGUGGGCUUUUUAAGAGGAUUUUAACUGGUUGUGGGGAGGGAAGAGAAGGACAGGGUGUUGGGGGGAUGAGGACCUCCUACCCCCUUGGCCCCCUCCCCUCCUCCAGAUCCCCUCCCCUCCUGUGUCCCUUGUAAAUAGAACCAGCCCAGCCCGUCUCCUCUUCCCUUCCCUGGCCCCCGGGUGUAAAUAGAUUGUUAUAAUUUUUUUCUUAAAGAAAACGUCGAUUCGCACCGUCCAACCUGGCCCCGCCCCUCCUACAGCUGUAACUCCCCUCCUGUCCUCUGCCCCCAAGGUCUACUCCCUCCUCACCCCACCCUGGAGGGCCAGGGGAGUGGAGAGAGCUCCUGAUGUCUUAGUUUCCACAGUAAGGUUUGCCUGUGUACAGACCUCCGUUCAAUAAAUUAUUGGCAUGAAAACCUG